GUGAAUUAGUCAGUGGAUAUUUUGUAGAAUCUUAGUCUACAUAACCUGCUGUAUUUGAUGAAUAUUUUCAGUAUCUAUUAAAAAAUUGUGUAAGUGUAGGAAUAUUUUAGAUACGUUUGAGGUUAAGAUUUAAAAAAAUGAAAAAUAUAAUUUUCACGCAAAUUAUCAUUAUAUGCAUUGGAGUAAUUUAUGUGGAGAUGGCUCUACAACCUAUACCUACAUCAAAAGAAAGUAUCGCCUCAGGUUAUAAAAUGCGAGGUUUAAGAAGAGAAAACAGAGCGACGACAUCUAGACCUGGAUUUUUCAAAACAUUGUUUUCCGUAAUUUAUGAGCAAUGGGAUGAUACAAGACAAACAUCAGCAUCAAUUAGAAAAAUGAUAGAUGAUAAUUUCCUACCAGAAAAUAUGGAAAAAUCUCAAACAACAGUUCCGCCAGGUACAAAUGUUUCUACCACAGAGGACAAUCGAAUCACAAGAACUGAGUUGCAGAGGAUACUCUUGAGGAAUCUAAGAGGCCUACAGAAACUUUUCCAAGUGGAGUUGAAUCAGGCACUCAAACAAUCUGAGAAGACUAAUCAACAAUUCAGAAAAAAUGUCACAAAAGAAGUCAGCAAAUUCCUCUGAUAACCAAAAAACAGCAUUUGUGAUAUUUAAAUACUGCUCAAUAUUUUUUUAAUUUAUUAUAAUUUGACCUGAAA